CUCAAGUCAAAUUGACGUUUUGUCGGUCGGUGUGUUUGUUUGCUUUUAUUUUACUGUUUGAAUGUAAAUGUUAAUGAAUUUGCCGAAUAAAUAUAUAAUAAACACCUUGUAGGCCUUUACUACGACUAGUAAAACUUAUAACCAGCAAGAUAGGUGAUCCAGAGAUGUCUGCGUUGCAAAAAAGUAUUAUGAAGAGCAAAUUGCCUCCAAGAUGCCCUAGAAGUUACAAACAGAAGCUGGCUCCAUUUGGUAUGAGUCGUUGCAAGAAUUACCAGCCAGAGUCGUGGAAGAGGUUCUUCCACCGGACGGAGGACGUCGAGACCGAUGGUGGGACAUUCCGGGUGUAUCUUACGGCAGAACCAGAUCAUCCUCUGAGGCCCAGGAUAGUAACUUUGCAUGGAGGUGGCUAUUCAGGCUUGAGUUGGGCCUUGUUUGCAGAAGAAGUCACAUACAUGGUACACUGUCAAGUGAUAUCAAUAGACAUCAGAGGGCAUGGGGAGACGCAAGCAAAGGAUCCUGAUGACAUGAGCGCAGAGACUUUAGUCAAAGACGUAGAGCAAGUGCUACAGAAGCUGUUUGGUGAUGAGAUGCCCCCUCUAAUCCUGGUGGGGCAUUCGAUGGGAGGUGCUAUCGCGGUGCGCGCGGCGCAUCUGCCUUCAUUGCAGCACUAUGUACAGGGGCUUGUCGUUAUUGACGUCGUGGAAGGUACCGCUAUGGAGGCGCUGGCGAGCAUGCAGAGCUUCCUGCGCGGACGCCCCACGCACUUCAAGAGCAUCCGCCACGCCAUCGAGUGGUGUGUCAGAAGUGGCCAGGUGAGGAACGUUUCGUCUGCCAGAGUGUCAAUGCCCAGUCAGAUUGUCAACGUGGAAACCGGCCUCCUAGCCACGCGGGAGCUCGAAGACAUGUCGGUAGACGACUCGGAGGCGGACGGCGCUCCGCUCGCGCGCGCAGACUCCAUCGCCGAGGAGGACGAGCCGCCCGAGUCGCCCGACGACCUCGAGCCGGAGCCCGAGCCCGCGAGGGUCAAGCAUGACGAGCCCGUGUUUGUGAAGCCUAGCGAGGACCUCAACGUGGAAACGGGCCUCCUAGCCACGCGGGAGCUCGAAGACAUGUCGGUAGACGACUCGGAGGCGGACGGCGCUCCGCUCGCGCGCGCAGACUCCAUCGCCGAGGAGGACGAGCCGCCCGAGUCGCCCGACGAGCUUGAGGAGCCCGAGCCCGCGAGGGUCAAGCAUGACGAGCCCGUGUUUGUGAAGCCGAGCGAGGACCUCAACGUGGAAACGGGUCUCCUAGCCACGCGGGAGCUCGAAGACAUGUCGGUAGACGACUCGGAGGCGGACGGCGCUCCGCUCGCGCGCGCAGACUCCAUCGCCGAGGAGGACGAGCCGCCCGAGUCGCCCGACGACCUCGAGCCGGAGCCCGAGCCCGCGAGGGUCAAGCAUGACGAGCCCGUGUUUGUGAAGCCGAGCGAGGACCUCAAACGCUACAAAUGGCGCAUCGACCUGUCCGGCACCGAGCGCCACUGGGCGGGCUGGUUCCGCGGGCUCUCGGCUCUCUUCCUGUCGGCGCCCGCGCCGCGCCUUCUGUUGUUGGCUUCCAUCGACGGCCUGGACCGCGAGCUCACCGUCGGGCAGAUGCAGGGUAAAUUCCAAAUGCAAGUGCUAACGCGCUGCGGACACGCGGUGCACGAGGAUACUCCGGAAGAGGUGGCGCGUGUGGUGGCAGCAUUCGCCCUACGACACCGGCUGACUUCGGCGACUGAGUCCGGAGAGAAUAUGAACCUGGUCGCUGCUCCUGGAUGCUAAAUAACUACAGAAUAACGGUACGCAGUCACGAGGCGGUCUAUCAGUUACAAAUAAUCUAAAAAGUUUAUAAGUAAUUGGGAACUUUACUCUCAAUAUUAACCAGUAAUUGUAAUAUACCAUAAAGUUAAUAUACCUAGCGGAAUAGAGCAACAAAGGAUUGUGCGAGCGAGAUGUCACUAGCAGCAAUAUUAAUAAUUUUGCAUGCCUAAAGGUGGAAGAUGGAGAUACCCACUUGAAAAAUUGUAACACCUUCUGAUGUAAACCCAUUUUCGCAAAAUAUAUGAUUUUGAAAAGCAACACUGUGUGAUAUAAAGAGAUACGUGAUGCGACGUAACGUAACAGAAUCUUAUUUUGCAACUAUUUGACAGUUCGUUAGCACUUAUUGGCAUGCUGAAAAUUUGAGCUCUGUGUGGCGAAAUCAUGGUUCUCAAUACCAAGACGUUGCCAUAAUAAAAGAAGAAGAAGAUUUUUUCAAAUUUUACGUGAAUGAAGUCGUGGAUUUACUUUAUGCUACCAACCGGUCAUUAUGGAAAUCAUUUGGAACCUAUGUUCAGCAGUGGACGUCCUAUGACUAAAAUGAUGAUGAUGAUGUAAGAUGCAAAAAUAACAAAAACCCAUUACAGUUGGGUUUUUAUUGAAGGUCAAGUUGUCACUACUUAUAAACUUUCAUGUUGCAUAUACGCAUAAAAUCCACUUUUACCCGCAUUCUAUAGCCUCGUGGCGUUUAUGCCAUGUAUGUUACCUCGGAUAUUAUCAAGAUAAAUACUGACUUAUUUUUGCCUUAUUAAUACUGUUUUCAAUUUAAACGAGUUGCGAUUAAAAAUAGUUACGCCUUAAAUAUGGUUGUGAUUAUUGUGGAAGAUAAUUUUAAAUGUGUUCUCAAAGUAAAACUUAUUUUAUUUGUUAAUAAUUUAUAAUGUAGGUACUUUGCCACCACUGCUAGACAAUCAAUUCGACUAAAUUUUGAACAAAAACCUAGCUCAUAAUCACAACAUGUUAUUUCUCUUUUAAGUACUUAUUGUAGAUUAUAUUAAUUUCAGAUUAUUUUGAUAAUAUCGUGAGUUUGUAACGGAAUAUAUCGAAUGUAUCUUUCAUGGAUAGAUAUUCUGCCAAAAACUUGUAAACCAGUGUCACAACUACGACCUAUGCUUCAAACAUGGACAUUGAUAAUAAAAUAAUGAAAAAAUGCGAGUAAUUCAAAUCUUAACUGAAUUUAGAUGAAUUUUUCGAUUGAAAAUAAGACUUUAACCACUUUGAAAACUCGCAUUUUUGUCAUAAACGUGUACCAGUAAAAUGUAAGAUAUAAAUAUUAUCUUAAAAUGUCUCAAAAUGUAUAAAUCGAUGUCUUUUAAAUAUUUCUCAAAUAGUAAACUCGUCAGUAGAUCGACCUAUAAAAAUUUUGAAUUUAUCUUGUAGAUUUAAAACUCUAUGACUGUUGUAGUAAGAUUCGAAAUCAAUUAGGGUUUUCGCGAAUGAAAGAUCCGCUAGAUGGCGGGACGUGGAUGUGGGGUCUGACUGCUGCGUGAUUGGUGGAUUUUGACAUACCUGUCAAUGUCAUGUCAAAAAUAACCAAUCAUGCAGCAUUUGGACCUCGCGUCUGCGUAUUGCCAUCUGGCGGAUUUUUCAUUCGCGAAAACCCUCAUUGAAUAGGUUGAUUUGCUGGCGCUGUAUAUUGACUUAUUCAAAUGUUGAUUGAUUUUAAAUUUAAUUAUGCUCAGGUGUUUAUAGAAACAUUUUUCAAAUAAAUGUAGUUACUUAUUGAUUAUAUGAAUAAGUAUGAAACGUAUUAAUUAAUUUCUAGUUUUAUUAAAACAUCUUUAAGUUACCUACAUUCAAUACAAUAGUUAAUAGAAAAAGCAAAGUUUCAUAAAGAAGCAAAUCAAUUAUUUUUAAUAUUACUAAUAUUAUUUUUAAUGCAAGCUAUAAAUUCGUCCACUAUAUACUUAAUUUUUGUGUCAAUUGAUUAAUUUGGGCCAUCACAUUUCUAAAAGAAAUUAAUUUAUAAAAACACAGCUGUUGCCAGAUUUUGUACAGAGAGCAUGUCAAAAUGUACUUCGGGUGAUAAUUAUUUGGCAUUUUAAUUAUUACUAAUGUAUGGCAGUUUAUUAUUAUUAAAAUUUAAUGCGAGGUUAUUUAAUAACCCACAUCAUAUAAGAGUAACGUUGACACGUUUAUAUUUAUGUAUUUUAGUUUUUAAUUAAUUAAGCAAUUGCUGGCAGUCGGGAAAACGUAUAAUUAAUUUAUAAUUUUAUUGAAUUUUAAUUGCAAUAUGCCGUUCGCAAG